AAAUUAUGUGUUAGGGUACCUAAAUUACUUAGGAGAAAAUCAGAAAAUAUCGUUGUAAAAUUAAGACAUCAAGAUCUCAAAAUACAGUUUAAAAGUAAAACUGAUUGUAAUAAACCGAUUCGUGGAAAGACUAUUCUAAUUUUCUUGUACCAUAACGUUAUUUUGCUAACAUUGGUAAAGUACAAUAUCUGACAACGACAAUAUUACGUCGCCAUAUUUGAAGAAAUAUUUCAUCGUUCUGUUCGUCUUGACAUUAACAACACAGUGUUGUGCGGAUGGGAAAGUUUCAACUUAAGUGAUCUUUACUUGAAAUUUUGGAAUACAGCUCAAUAUUCGUUCAAAUAAGGAAGUGAGAUUUCUUCGAUUUCUAUUCAGGAGGAGGUAACUCUAAAUUUCGUAAUGGAUAUCCGCAACUGAGACUACAUUGUCUGAAGAAGAUAAAAUGCCUCGCAAGCCUCCGGCAGGCGAUUCGGCAUAUUUUGGAGAGUAUGAUGCAAGAUCAUAUCGUCAUAUGGUGGCAAACGACUACCACGAACAAUCAAGAGAUUCUCGUGACGCGAGAGACGUACGCGAGAAAGACAGUUACAGUGACUCAAGUCGCAGUAGGAAAAAGAAAGUAAAGCAGAAGAAAUCCAAAAGGAAAGAGCGAUCCAAAGAAAGAGACUCUGUAAAUGAUCAGACCCGUGGAAAGCCAAUUGUGGAUUACGAUGACAUUAGUUCAGACUCUGAAAUAAACACGACACCACCGCCAGCCACGCAAUCUUCGCGGUCAAGGAACGUCCAUCAUGAAAUUUCACCCGCCACUGAACUCCGCAGGUACAAAUACGACAGAAGCCAAAGUAACUCUCCAAUAGUGAUUAGAGACAGUCCUCCGCCGCAAUCUUAUUCUUCCUCGUCCAGGAAAACGAAGAAGAGGCCUUAUUCCCCUGAGCAACAUCCUCGGGAGCCUGCUAGGCAUUUUGCGGAACCUCCAAGAGCGUACGCGAAUCCCCCGAAAGCUUACAGAGACAGAGAUGCAAGCCCUGUGGGUAGUCCAAGGAAACGCUACAGAUCGCGGUCACCAAGUCCAUACAAUAGAAAAUCAAAAUAUAGCAGUUCAAGUAGAUACCCAGAAAAAAAUGACAAAUACAGGCGAUCUUCUCGAAGCCGUUCCCCUAGUCCUCGCAGAACAAGGCGAUCACGAUCUCCGGGAAGAUAUUCCACAUCAAAUCGACAGAGGCGGUCUUCUUCUCGAAGUCCAUCUCGAGGCUCAAGUAAUAAACUCUCGCAUUCCAAGUAUGCAACAAACACUCUUGCCGCAGAGCUUUCAAAACAUCGACGAGCACGGGAGGCAAAGGAAGCCGCCCUGCUUGCUGCCAAAGGACGUGAUUCUAAAGACUCAAGAUCCAGCAAUAAAAAUCAUUCCUCAGACAAAGACAAAUCAGACAGGAACUCAUCCGCUAUUAAUUCCAGUAAAGGGGAUUAUGGGUCGAGGUCGCCUCCCUAUUCCUCCAGCAGAAGGAGCAGGGGACCAGAUGAUUUAAUGAAGUCCGACAUCAAACGGGAGGAGAGGGACCUCGAACCAAGAAGAAUGGAGCCUCGCAGAGAGGAGAUUCGUGAGAUGCCGCCAAAGAUGCCCUACCAUAGAGAAGAUCUGCCCCCGGUGCGUAAAAUGGAGGACCGGAGACCAGAUUACCGCGAGCACCGAGCAGAACCAGAAUUACCUCCUGUUCCACGUCCCAGUUUACCCCUGCCUCGAGUUUCUCCAGUAGAAAGCAUGGGUACUCCUAGUCCAUAUAGUUAUGGUCGUUUUGUUACCAGAAAGCAGGAGCUUCAGCACCGCAAGCGUAUCACCGACCUCCCUAUGCCGCCAAUGAUGGACGAACCGGAGCCAGAGUUUGACCCCGAGCCAGAACCUACACCCAAAAGGGACAUGUCCCAACAAUCGGCCCCAAAAGUUAAAAAGCCAAAAAUCUGUCAACAAAGACGUCUUGAUGAGAGGGUCAAAGGAGACUGGGGGGAGAGAUGUGUUGACCUGUUCAAGAUCAUCGAGAUCAUUGGCGAGGGGACUUAUGGUCAGGUGUACAAGGCAAAAGACACCUUUACAGAUGAGCUGGUGGCUUUGAAGAAGGUGAGACUGGAAAAUGAGAAGGAGGGUUUUCCCAUCACGGCUGUACGGGAAAUCAAGAUCCUGCGGCAGCUGAAUCACCCCAAUAUAGUCAACCUGAAGGAGAUUGUCACAGACAAGCAGGAUGCACUCGACUUCAAGAAAGACAAAGGUGCCUUCUAUUUGGUGUUUGAAUACAUGGACCAUGACCUGAUGGGGAUUCUGGAGUCUGGGAUGUGCCAUCUAAAGGAGGAACACAUUGCAUCAUUUACCAAACAGCUACUUGACGGCUUGAACUAUUGCCAUAGGAAGAACUUCUUGCAUAGAGACAUCAAGUGUUCCAAUAUCUUGCUGAAUAACAGGGGUCAGAUAAAACUGGGAGACUGGGGACUGGCCCGUCUGUAUGACGCCGAGGACAAGGACAGACUGUACACAAACAAGGUGAUCACGCUCUGGUACAGACCCCCAGAGCUACUUCUGGGCGAGGAGAGAUACGGACCAGCCAUCGACAUCUGGAGUAUCGGCUGCAUCUUGGGAGAACUGUUCACCCGGAAGCCGAUAUUCCAGGCGGGCCAGGAGUUCGCCCAACUGGAGCUGAUCAGUAAGACCUGUGGCUCCCCCUGUCCCGCCGUGUGGCCUGACGUGAUCAAGCUGCCAUUGUUCCACACCUUCAAGCCAAAGAAACAGUACAGAAGGAGGCUAAGGGAGGAGUUCUCUUUCUUGCCAAAGACUGCUCUGGAUUUAAUGGAUCAGAUGUUGGACUUGGACCCCUCUCGUAGAAUCACAGCUGAGGCUGCACUUAUCUGCCCUUGGCUUCGGGAGGUGGAACCCAGUAGAAUACCGCCACCAGAUCUGCCUAGAGACCAGGACUGCCAUGAAAUGUGGUGCAAGAAUCGGAAGAAGCAUAUGAAAGAGGCUCAGAAGAGAGGAGAGGAUCCAUCAGUUUCACAAGGAAACAGCUCCAAGGGAAGUGUGGCCUCAGCUAGUGCACAGUCCAUCGCUGGUAAAACAGAGGUCAAAGACAUGCGACGGUCUUUAUCGAGUGAUAGGACACUUCCACCCAAAGGCAAGCCUCAGUCGGGGGCAAAUAGCAACAGCAAAGCACCAGUGGGGGGAAUAUUCAACAGGAAAGAGAAAGCCGGUGGUUCCUCCGGAAUUCCAGGACUGGACGUGGCUGCCCAAGAACCGCCAGUAGAGGCACCGCCUGCCACAGAUCAAGAUGGGAAAGAGGCAGGGCAUCAGCUGACUCAGAUGAUUGCACUUUUACAGAAGGGCAUGUCUGUGCCUGAUGUAGCCAAGAGUGUGAAUGUGACACUGGACGAGCAAACUCAGCAGCUGAUGAGUAACCUGAAUGCUCAACUCAUGCUCGCAGCUCGGUUCUCCAAAGAUCAGGGUGUAGCUGACCAGGCAGUGCCCGGGAGGGCAGACACUUCAGGGAACCAAAGCUCUGUGUACUCUGCCGAAGGCUUUAGGCCUGAUUAUGGUAAUCAUAGUUCUAGCAAUAUGUUUGGGGGGAACAAAGGGGGAGGGUUAACAGAGGGUAACUCUACUGUUUACAGCCAAGAUAAUAGCAACAGCUCUGGAGGCGGUGAAAAUGCUGGUGUGAAGGCUGCAUUGGCGCAGCUUUUGGCUCAACAAGGAAUGCGUGUGAGUUUGGGAGGGACAGAAAUAUCGGCCUCGGAAACCCGCAUGACCCACACAGAUUCCUACAGUAAAUCUGAGUCGAGUUACUAUUCCACGGACCGAGUCGACUACACUAGAUCCAGCAGCUACUCAGGGAGUGCAGUAUUUGACGAAAACGCAAGGGGGAGUUUCUCUUCUGGAGGAGACAGCUAUGGUGGACAGUUCAACCCCCCUCCAAGUGGGGGAGCUGGCUAUUAUGGACAGUAUUCAGGGGAGGGGAGGCCUCCCCCUAAAUCCUAUGCGGAAGCAGCUCAGGGGGGCCCCAAGCCUCCCAAGAGUAUACUGAAGAACAAAGCAGCCUCCUCUGGUGGUUCUUCAGCUCCAUCCUCAAAGUCUGGCAUUCCUUCACUGAUGGAUCAACCUGUUGGGGGGUUUCCCCCACCCCACUCCUCCAGCCGAAGUGGGAAUCACCGAGGGGGGAGGGGUAGCUGGAAUUAGUUUAAAUCUUUAACUAAUUAUCCAUUGUACAUGUAUUUUUUUUUUUGUUCCUGUUGCAAAAACAAGCUUGUUCUUUCCUCCUUUGUAUAGUAGUCUGGUAUUAAUGCAUGAUACUACUGCCUGCAUUAGGAGUAAAUUAGGAGUAAAUGCAUUUCAAGAAGUUAUCUGGAUUUAGUUGAUAAGCCCUAUUUCAAACAUUGGUGCUAAAAAAACAGCUGUUUAUUUCAGUUCAAAAAAAAAUGCCCAUUUUAAAGUUCUUAGAUGAUGUUUGUUUUCAAUUAUCUGUGAUUUCCAAUGGGUGCAAUUAGAUAAAAUUAUAUAUAGAGAUGAUAGUGUUUGUAAGUACUUUGUUUACUGAAAGAUGAAUGGUUGGGAGGGGAAAUUUUGGGCUCAGAAAUUGAGCUUCAAGUUCAUUUUCAUAGAUUGCAUUAAAAGUAUGUACAAGUAAAAUAUGCAUUUUGUUUGGUGUGAAAGUGUUGGAAAUAUCCUCAGAGACAAAACUUUGUUGAGAGAGAGAGAGAGAGAGAGAAUGAGUGAUUGUGUUGCAGGUUCAGUGUCAUUAUUCUGUGUGCAUCCGUUUUCCUUAAUUAAUAUGGUUCUGGAGAAAACUUCAUUUUGAAAAAAAGUUUCCAUGCUUAAUCCUAGUUCAAAGAGAACAAGUGGAAAUGAUCCAUUGUGAAUAAUUGCAAUGUUACGGCCAUCAAAAGCAGGUGUAUUUCUAAAACUUGCAGGGAAAUUCAGUCUCUAUUGUAUUACUGUGUGCUGAAAUAAAAUCUCAUAAUGUUGAA